UCUACACCUUACAAUGUUUUAUUUGUGUGCAGGAUCCUCGUGACGCCUACUGUUAAUAAUAAUAAACAAUUCAGAUCGAUACGAGAUUCUUGAUUUUUACCAUUUCUAAUUCAUACAGCAAAACGUAACGGACGUUUUUAAUACGGAUUUAAUGGAUCCAUGCUUUCGAAGCAUUUGUAACGUUCGUAAAUCUUGAUCCUAUUUGUCGUUUUACUGACUGUGCUUCUUUCAUCAUCAUUCUUUCCAGAAUGUCAAUGUCACACCUGUAUGGACGGAGGAGGGCAGAGGAGGAUGGCGUAGAGAUUGAAAAUUUUGAGAUCACAGAUUGGGAUUUGGCCAAUGAGUUCAACCCAGACCGUCGCAGACACAGACAGACCAAGGAGCAAAUGACUUAUGGCAUCUGGGCAGAAAGGGACUCUGAUGAGGAUGAGAGACCCAGUUUUGGAGGCAAGAAAUCUAAAGACUACACUGCUCCGGUGAAUUUUGUGAGUGCGGGGUUAAGAAAAACUGCAGCUGACGAGAAACAGGAAAGAGAAGAAGAAGAAGGUUCUGAUACUUCUGAUGAUGACACUUCUUCUGCACCUCCACCUGCUCGAGUGACAACGCCUAGAAAGCUUCAAAAGGUUAAUUACAGAUUGAAGGAAU